CAACACGCCCCUCCCCGCGGCCGCCAUCUUGUUGGAGUCACAUCCGGACAGUUAUUCUCAGACUCUUCAGUCUCUUCUCCUCCGCUUGGGAAAGAGCGGUAGCGUCGAAACGUUUACUGUAAUAGUAAAUCAAGCGCAAGUUUAGGAGAAGAAAAUGAAGUGAACACAACGAUACAUCUCUGAAUGCCAGGGAACCUCCAGCGGCAUUUUCCAGUCAAUAUGGUGCCGACCUCUCAGCAGCCACGUUUAGGUGUCCAUGAUCUGCUGGGCGCCUAGUCCUGCAGGCAGCGUAGCGGACUCCUCACCUGGCCGGGUCCUGACAAGCUGGGAGACGCACGUACGGCGUGACAUUUCCAGGUGUACAGAAACUGCAGAGGACCUGCUUUUGUGUGGCCAGUGGUGCAAGCAUGAGGGUGGUAGCUUUAAUCAGUGGUGGGAAGGACAGUUGCUACAACAUGAUGCAGUGUGUUUUGGCCGGUCAUGAAAUCGUGGCUCUGGCUAACCUGAAACCACCUGAGAGUACAGACGAUGAAUUAGACAGCUAUAUGUACCAGACAGUUGGGUACCAGGCACUGGAUCUUUACGCAGAGGCCAUGGGUUUGCCCUUGUAUCGUGCCACCCUCAGUGGCACAAGCCUUAGUAUAGGAAGAGGAUAUUCCCCACAAGAAGGAGAUGAGGUUGAGGAUCUCUACCACCUACUGAAGCUCGUUAAGGAGAAGGAGGCUGUGGAUUCUGUCUCUGUUGGAGCUAUUCUCUCAGACUACCAGCGAGUACGAGUGGAAAACGUGUGUCAGCGCCUUAGUCUUCAGCCUUUAGCUUUCCUUUGGCGUAGGAGACAAGAGGACCUAUUGGAUGAAAUUAUAUCCAGUGGUGUGCAGGCCAUCCUCAUCAAGGUAGCUGCAAUUGGAUUAGAUCCUGAGAAACACCUUGGACAGUCAUUAGAAGAAAUUGGACCUUACCUUAAGCAGCUCUCUGCCCAAUACGGUGUCCAUGUGUGUGGUGAAGGAGGGGAGUAUGAGACCCUAACUUUAGAUUGUCCUCUUUUUAUGAAGAAAAUUGUUGUUGACUCCACAGAGGUGGUGAUGCAUUCUAAUGAUGCCUUUGCUCCCGUGGCUUAUCUCCGACUACUAAAGCUUCAUUUGGAGAAUAAAGCUGGGUCUCCAGCGUUAGUUCUUGGAGGUCCAUGUCCAUGUGAUGUUAUACAGCCGGUACCUGAGGAGACCCAACUGCAGAGUAAGACUGAGAGCCAGCCCCUGACUUGUAUACCCCAGACACGGAUGCCAGGUAAAGUGCAUUGUUCAUCCCGGUCAGCGAGUGGAUUUUGUUGGAUCAGCGGAGUCACAGCCAUUGGGGAUAAUGUGCGAGAGGCGACUGUUAGAGGACUCUCUUCCAUGAAAGCUCGGGUGCAGGAGAUGGGUCUACAGAUGAGUGAUGCAGUGUUGGUCCACCUAUACAUCAGAGAAAUGGGUGACUUUGCCACCAUUAAUGCAGAAUAUGGCACUCUAUUCUCCUCAGCGCCUCCUGCUCGAGUUUGUGUGCAAUGCUGCCUACCCCAGGACACCCUAUUCAGUAUGGAUGUUCUCUUCUGGCUGCCUGUUACUUGCAGUGCUGACUGCGCCCCAGAGAAGAUAGCCAUGCACGUGCAGAGCAUCUCCCACUGGGCCCCCGCUAACAUCGGGCCCUACAGCCAAGCUGUGCGGGUGGGUGGCACAAUAUUUUGUGCAGGGCAGAUUGCACUAAAACCCUGCACCAUGCAGCUGGUUUCCGGAGGAAUCCUGACUGAGAGCCACGUCUCCUUGCUUCACGUUGAGAGCGUCUUGGAAGCCAUAUGCCCUGGCACUUCCCGGAGCCACAUUAUGGCUGCUCAUUGCUAUGUGACCCAGAGCUCUUACAUACCCACUGCUGUGGAAGCAUGGAAAGGAACUCUAAAACACCAGGGUGCCCCCCCUGUCCUCACAGUGGCUGUGGUUCCUAAGCUUCCACGAGGGGCUGCAGUGGAGUGGCAUGUCAUGGCUGCUGGGAGUGACCACGCUGGGCGAAGAAAUAUAUCUGUGCUCGAGCAAAGUUCCGGAUUCCAGGCCACAAUCAUUGGUUCCGUUUCCAGCUGUGAGACAUGUGCCUCCCUUGUGCUUUCCCUCUCUGCACCUGACAGGCCUUGUACGGACGGGUGUAAUGCUAGCAGCCUUGUAAGUGCUGUGCUGCAGAAAGCCUCAGCUGAGCUCCCAGCACAGAACCUGGUUAUACCAUUGUGCUGCAGGAUGUUCUACAGGAGUGACCGUGUACAGUUACAGAGUCUCCUGGCAGAGUUGCCGGAGAUCCUGGAAACAGUAUGGGGUGAGAACGCUCCCUGUCUGGUCUUGGUGCCUGUAACAGACCUCCCCACCUCUGACCUUCUGCACCUGUCUAUCUGGCUCAGCUCCUGAUCCUCUGGAGAACUUCCAAUUGUCCAUGUCUCUAGAAUCAUGUUCAUAACCACUAAAUGUUCUUCCUGCAUAGAGCAUGGAAAGGGUUAACCGUGUUAUGAAAUGAUUUGAUUUCUCAUCACUCAGAACGGAUAUCUUAUUUGGAGUAUUUCAGUCUGAAACUCCUUUCCAUUAUCACACAGUUGACUUAAUGACAUUUUGUAAUUAAAAUUUACAUAUUAUUUUA